AUGGUGCUGGGGAAGGUGAAGAGUUUGACAAUAAGCUUUGAUUGUCUCAGUGACAGCAAUAUCCCCGUCUAUUCUAGCGGGGACACAGUAUCAGGAAGGAUCAGUUUAGAAGUUACUGGGGAAAUUAGAGUGAAAUCUCUUAAAAUUCAUGCAAGAGGACGUGCAAAAGUACGUUGGGCCGAAUCUAGAAAUGCUGGAUCCAACACUGCCUAUACACAAAAUUACACUGAAGAAGUAGAGUAUUUUAACCAUAAGGACGUUCUAGUCGGGCAUGAAAGAGAUGAUGACAAUUCUGAAGAAGGCCUUCACACCGUUCAUUCAGGAAGGCAUGAAUAUGCAUUCAGCUUUGAGCUUCCACAGAUACCACUUGCUACCUCAUUCGAAGGCAGACAUGGCAGUGUGCGCUAUUGGGUGAAAGCUGAAUUGCAUAGGCCUUGGCUUCUGCCAGUAAAAUUAAAGAAGGAAUUUACAGUCUUUGAACAUAUAGAUAUCAACACUCCUUCAUUACUGUCACCCCAAGCAGGCACAAAAGAAAAGACUCUAUGUUGUUGGCUUUGUACCUCAGGCCCAAUAUCUUUAAGUGCCAAAAUUGAAAGAAAGGGCUACACCCCAGGUGAAUCAAUUCAGAUCUUUGCUGAGAUUGAGAAUUGCUCUUCCCGUAUGGUGGUGCCAAAGGCAACCAUUUACCAAACACAGGCAUUCUAUGCUAAAGGGAAAAUGAAGGAAGUCAAACAGCUUGUUGCCAACCUCCGUGGGGAAUCCUUGUCAUCUGGCAAAACAGAAACCUGGAAUGGCAAACAGUUGAAAAUUCCACCUGUUUCCCCUUCAAUCCUUGACUGUAGUAUAAUCCGUGUGGAGUACUCACUCAUGGUAUAUGUUGAUAUUCCAGGAGCCAUGGAUUUAUUCCUUAACUUACCAUUGGUCAUUGGUACCAUUCCUCUACAUCCAUUUGGUAGCAGAACAUCAAGUGUAAGCAGCCAGGGUAGCAUGAACAUGAACUGGCUUGGUCUAACACUGCCUCAAAGACUAGAAGCACCUCCUAGCUAUGCAGAAGUGGUCACAGAGGAAAACAUGCAGUCCUACCUUGCACCUGUGGCUGCUUUUGAUGAUUUUCAGAGAGCACUGCAAGGACCGUUAUUUGCAUACAUCCACGAGUUUCGUUUUCUGCCUCCUCCCCUAUAUUCAGAAAUUGAUCCAAACUCAGAUCAGCCCACAGAUGAGAUACCAUCUUGCCCCUCUUGUUGA